UUUUUUCUUUUAUAAUAGAGAUGAAGAGCUGAUCAUUAAUCAUAUGAAAGCUGUGGAGGCUGCCUUGAAUGAGGUCAGAGACGAGGCUGUGGCAUCAGGUGCUGCAGCAGCCACACCACUCCUCAGCCUGAAGACCCUUUCAGAGAAAGCAAUGAGAGACAUGCCAGGGGCUGCAUCAUUCCAGAAUUUGUUUAGUCUUUUUAGGGAUCUCUACUCACAGGCAGCUGCCAGAAUUGAAGCAUUAAGAACAGGAAUACAAUCUUCACAGGAUCACUUUGAACCUGAAGCAGCUUCUGUGCCUCUUACUCCUGCUCCUGAUGAUAAGUGUGAUGAACCUUCACACGCCCACAUUGAAUCUGAAGCAGGUGGUUCACCACCUCCUUCACCACCUCCACCACCUCCUCCUGCUCCAGUUGCUGUUCCUGCUGCUGCUCCUGUUCCUGUGGGUAAGUUGGCUUUUCAAGCAAUUAAAGACACUUGAAUGUCGGUUCCCAGACAGCAUCUCCCUUCAUGCUGCACCACUUCUCUAGGCAAACAAUACU